CCAUCGCCAUCGCCAUCACUGCCGGCAAAACAAUGUGAGUAGAGAACACGCAAAUAUACCAGAGGCAAUUACCCCCGGACCCGAUCACACGGCAACUAGCUCUCCUCAGUUACUCGAACAAUUCGACCAGAAGUCUCAUAGCGACAAGCAACAGCACGAGCAGCAGCAUCAGGAGCAAAUGUACAGCGUGCUUGAUCAAAAUAUACCAUCCGGCGAGUCCAGAGCUUGUGCCUUUGACAAUAAGCGAGUUUCCCCUGUCUCGGUGGCGAUAGCCCGCAACGCAAGCAACGUUAGCAGAUUGACCUUGCGUCCCUGCGCUGAUACCCCGACCAACUGCAAUUCCUUUCGCCAAUCCGAUGAUCCAAAGAUGGCCGCUCCUCCCGAACAUUCGCCACCACCCAUCAGCACUGUCUCCACAAGUCCAGGAUGCACAGAAUCGUUUACCACCGCGCGCCUGUUUUCAGGCACCAUGUCGCCGGAGCCGUUGAUGCCCAGGCAUAAUCUUGCUGAGAUAGUUGAUGGCGGCCAUCCUGACGAAGUCAGCGAGAUUGCCAUGCGCAACCACUUGACAGAUGCCAGAGACAGCAAUGAGGAGACAGCAGAUACAGAUGACAUCAAUAUUUUCACCAGUGAUAACGAGACCCAAAGCAAUUAUCCGAGCAGCGACGACAACUCGAUCGUCGACCGGGCAUUCCAUGAAUGGCUGCAAGCACAAGCGGCAAUAAACGACCACCCCGAAGCACACUCGCCAUUCACCACCAUUUCCCAAACAGCAUCACAACUUUCUGCCACUCCUCCGAGCAGAACUAUGCCAACGUACGCGCCCGGAUGGGCAUACAUGCCGCCGCUUUACGGCGGGCUUUCUGGGUCUCAGCAGAGCCACUACAGCUCGUCAAUGAUGCCUGCUGCUGCGAAUAUUCCACCUCCUAGCUUUUCGCGGGCUGUGGGCUCGGAUCAACUGGGCGUUCUCGAGGACCUGAUAUCUCGCGUGUCAGAUCUUGAGUCCCGCUUCAUGUGUGUCGAGGCGAUAAUGGGCAGCUUUGGAGACAAGCUGGAUGUGCUCAUGGCGUCCGCAAGGGCCGAUGGCGACCAUUCAAUGAGUAUUGGCAAUGCGUGCGCAGUCGGCGUACUCUCUUCGGGAAAAACACCGGUUGUCAAGCGGGUAGAGCAACAAAAGAAAGCUCAAAAUUGAGAAUGGAUGUGUGUGGUUAAAUUGAUAUACAUAUAAAUAUAAGAAAUGAG